AUGAGCUCAGAAAUGCGCAAUGAGCUGAAGGAUAUCAGGGACAAUUUCGCCAUGUUAAGGGAUACAAUGCUCGUGUGUAAUAAAAAUUUGAAAGAAAUUGACGCUAAGGUCACCAAGUUGGACAACCGAAUGGAAGAACGUGAGCACAAAUGUAAGUCCAUGGAGCUUGAGAACACAAUAGCAGAAUUAAGGAUCCAACUAAGCGAGAGGGAUCAGGAUCUGUUAGUCAAUGACUUGGAAAUCUCAGGUCUACCGGAACAAAAAGGGGAAGUAGCCAUUAACACUGUGAUACUGUGCUAG